GUAAUUUAUUUAUCGAUGUUUUUCUUUGGUUUUUUUUUGGUAAAAAUAUAUGAUUUAUAAAAUAAAACAUAAAUAAAAUAAAUUGCAGAGAAGAUAUGUAUAUGAGAGAAAUUCAAGGACAUGAACUUUAGCCCAAUUUUAGUAAAUUGUUUUAUAUUUAGAUCUCUAUAUUAAUAUAUCGAUAUUUUUAUUAAUGCUUUAAUACGAACUGGAUGUUUUUAUCUUCAGAUAUCAACACCUUGAAUUAAAAAGUUACUUUGGUACCUGAUAAUUAUUCAUAGAAGAGACUACUAUUGAUUACAUAUAAAUAAGUAAACUCACGCCUUUAAAAGAAAAAUUAAGUCCUGGUCUACAAUAAGUGUUUUAAACCCUGAGCCUUAAGAAAUUGUUUAAUCACAGUUGAAUUUGAGGAAAAUAAUUGACUGUGAUUGGUCAAUUUCUUAGGGCUUUCCUAUUGUAGACUAGGACUGGAUUUGACGAUACCUACCCAGGUAGCAUUAUAUUACACUACUAGUCGUCUGAAAGACUCACGCUACGCAAUCUGCGCAUGCGCCAGAAAUUUUAAAUCUCCCAACACGUGUGUAGUUUGAUUAUAUGUAUGUACAUACGUACAUUAUUAUUUACAUGGCACUACUUGAAAAUCGAACCCGGCUGAAUCAACCUCGUGUUGAGAACGUGAGCCGGAAACCAUCAAUAAGAAGAAGACUUGUUGAGAAUCACGAACGCCGGACGCUGCUUUUUGUACAGCACCUUCCAGCAGAGAGACACCAACAGGGUAUCCUAGAAUUUUCAUAGAGACAACUGCCGAGAAAGCCAAAGAUUGUGCGAGUCCAGAAAGGCAAUAUAGUUUGUGACACGGAGAGCGCACUGCGUGAUUACUUUUUCAAUAUGACGGAUGACGGUAGAAGAGUAAAACUGUAUAUUCUUAAUGCAGAUAAGCAAUGGGACGAACUUGGUACGGGUCUCGUUUUCUCUGAGUGUUUCGACUUACAGCUGAGUAAGCUGACUUGCCUUGAGGUAAAAGCAGAAGGCAAUAACACUCUCAUGCUGUCCAGCCCUGUACAACCUGAUAAAAAAUAUCGGAGAGAAGUGAAUAGUAUGACAUGGUUCGAAGCAGAUUGUGUCUACAUAACCCUACAUUUUCAAGAAGAAGCAGGCUGUGACGAAAUAUGGGAGAAGAUUUGUCAAGUUCUGGGCAAGGAUCUAUCUUUAGAAAUUCCACAAGAUAUUAUGGAAAACCCUGAAAAUGAGAGAUCUGACGAUGUAUCAGAUAUAUAUUCGUACAGAUUAUUAGAGAAAAGUUUCACUGUUGAACAUUUGGAAGAUUUUAACACUUUCCUAAAGACUUGUAUAACAUCCCCGAUAAGAAGAGAGACAUUAUUAUUACAUUUACUAAAGAUCAAUGUCAAAAAUUACUUUGCGAAGUUGGUACGUAAUAUUCAUUUUUACAAGGAAUCAGGGAUACUUACAGGUGAUGUUUUACAUACUACACUCAGAAAUCUCUCAUUAAUCAGAUCCAAUCUUGUCUUAAUUACGAUUUUGUAUAAAAAAGCAAACUCAACAUCACAAAUCGAAUCACUUCUGCAAGAACUUAAUCUGUAGCCCUAUUCUGUAACUCUGACAGUAUCGUUAUCGUUAUAUUGACCACGUGCGGCUUUUUUACCAAUAGCAAUAGUUUCAAAUUAAAAUAAAAAAUAUUCUUACACUGAGUAUGUCGAAGGAAAACACUUCUACUCUGAGUAUAUACUUCCGAAAGAAGACGCGUCAACAUGUAACGAUACGGUAGAUUUAUCUAGGACUGAGUCUUCGAACGACCAAGAAUUGCUAUACAGACUUUUAUGAAUAACUGAGCAUUAUAAAAGCUAAAAUUUAGACCUUAUAAUCGAUACGAAUCUCGUUGAAUGAUAUUCCAUUGAGUCACUAGUCAGUUAAUGGAUUUUAAACACAGAUAGAACUGUUUGUAAAAAAAGUCUUCAGCGAUUAUUGGUUCCAAGAUUUAAUAAUAACCGAAAACGAAAGCUUGAAACUCAAAUUAUAAGCAGAAAUUUAUAAUACUAUUAACAAACACAUGGAAGAAUGAUUUUACAGGAGACACAAUUUUUUUUUGUCUUUCUGUAAAUGAUUACCAGAGUGUGUAUGCGGUGUUUUCCUAUAUAUAAUUAUAAAUGUGAUUUUUUACCUUUAGAGCCGUGCAAAAGUAU